AGAAGUAUUUUGGGGCCUGCUGUAGCUUCGCAGAUCCGAGGGAGACCUGGGGACAAGUAACAGUGAGUCUCUGGAGCUCAACUCUCACUCCUGCUAAUUGGAUGGACCAUUAGUGGCAAGUUCAGAGCCCCUUGCCGUGAAGUGACCUGGAGUAAUGGCAGGAUGCGGCUCAUGCUGUAACAGAGCAGCAGGCUGAAUGUUAGAGUUUAAAAGAUGACUUCUAGGAAGAAAGUGUUACUGAAAGUCAUCAUCCUUGGAGACUCCGGGGUGGGAAAGACAUCGCUCAUGAACCAGUAUGUGAACAAGAAAUUCAGUAACCAGUACAAGGCUACGAUAGGUGCAGACUUCCUGACAAAAGAAGUCAUGGUGGAUGACAGGCUAGUGACAAUGCAGAUAUGGGAUACAGCAGGACAAGAACGGUUUCAGUCUCUGGGAGUUGCCUUCUACAGGGGAGCAGACUGCUGUGUGCUGGUGUUCGAUGUCACGGCCCCUAACACAUUCAAAACCCUAGACAGCUGGAGGGAUGAAUUCCUCAUUCAGGCCAGUCCAAGGGAUCCUGAGAACUUUCCUUUUGUUGUGCUGGGAAACAAGAUUGACCUAGAAAACAGACAAGUCACCACAAAACGGGCGCAAGCCUGGUGCUACAGUAAAAACAACAUCCCCUACUUUGAAACCAGUGCCAAGGAGGCCAUUAAUGUGGAACAAGCUUUCCAGACGAUUGCACGAAAUGCACUUAAACAGGAAACCGAAGUGGAGCUUUACAAUGAAUUCCCCGAACCCAUCAAACUAGACAAGAAUGACCGAGUGAAGGCUUCUGCGGAGAGCUGCAGCUGCUGAGGGAAGAGGGAGGGGUUGAGCACAGUCCUUCACAAACAAAUAUCACACUUAGGCCUUCAAACACACAGCCCCUCUUCUGUGUUUAAAAACAAAAUUAAAAAAAAAUUCCAUCUCCAGCUGCCAAAAUCCACCCAUCUCCCACGAGCAUCUGAGAGUCCAGCACUUCAGAGCUCACAUCCCUGCACCAUCCACAUCACACUUCAUGGUAACAGACCUUUCUCUUAGUUUAAAAUGGAAACUCUUAUGUAUGUUUGGAACUGAGUCUAAUUCCAGGUGUCCAACGGAGAGAAACUGUUUACAGGUAAUCUGUGUGACAAGUUACAUACAUUUUUAACUGUCUUGUGUUUUCCCCUGUGAAGGCUGCAACUGGAAAGGCUGAUUACCUAUAGUUCAUUGCAAGCUCAGCACUCAGUCCAACUAGGUUGAGUUUUGUAUGUAUCUCUGUUAAUGCUUGUUACUUUUAACUAAUCAGAUCUUUUUACAGUAUCCAUGUAUUAUGUAAUGCUUCUUUAGGAAAAAUCUUAUAGUACAUGUUAAUAUAUGCAACCAAUUAAAAAUGUAUAAAUUAGUGUAAAAUUCCUGAAUUACAUGUUGAAGUACUGAAACACAGAUUGUGUAGAAAGUGAGGAGGACACUUGUGAACUGUGGUGUGCUAGCAACACAGAGUCCAGAUAGAGGCAGUAUUCUGUACAGUAGAGAUGAACUACAUAAGCCUUCUUGUUUUGAGGCCAAGAGGCUUCGGCUUCAUCUUCUGGAAAAUCUGUCUGGCUUCCUUGUAUCUAAAUUCUCAGAUUUGCAUAACAGCAUUGAUAUGCACACUGGAUUAUUGGAUUUGAAAUUAAAUACAGCUAUGAAAUGA